AUGGCAGACCAAAAGAUCCCAGAUAGCUUCCUCCGGGGUCCAGCCCCAAACGCAACCCUCCGCAAACUCGAUUUCGAGCACACUUCCCCACCGAUUCGCGGAUACAAAGGCCACUUCGCCGCUAUAGUGGACAACCUCUUGACCGAAGCCGAAUGCAAAGAGCUCAUCCAUAUAGCAGAAGAAUCAACAAGAACUCAACUUCCAGACUCAACCCUGUCGCCCCCCGCAUGGGAACAGGCGAUGAUCAACUCCGGCGGCGGCAACCAAGUACUGUCCGUUGACUCGCGCAAAAGCGGACGAGUCAUAUUGGACUCACCGAAACUUGCGGACAGAAUCUUGGAGCGAAUUAUGCCUUUCAUGCGCGAGUGCGAACUCGACCGCAUCCAGAGCAGACCCUUGGUUACAGGUCUUGGGCCAGCGAAACGGGGUGAAGUGUUCCGUUUCAGUAGGCUGAAUGAGCGUCUUCGGUUCUUGCGUUAUGAGGGCGGCGAUUAUUUCCGGCCUCAUUGGGAUGGGUGUUAUAUUACGCCUGAUGGGCUGGAGAAGUCGCUGUAUACUAUUCACUUGUAUUUGAACGGAGACGGGGAACAGGAUAUGGAAGAGUUGCGGCCUCAUAUUGAGCGGGCAGAGAAGUCGAAUUUGAUGUUCGGGUUUGGGAAGAGCCAGGAUAUUGAUCCUGCUGAGGUUGAGUCCGAGGAUGUUCAAGUUGGUGAUGGGAGUUGUACUUCGAAGACCGAGACUCUUCUCGGUGGUGCAACUUCGUUUAUGGCUGGGACGAACUCAAGGGAAGCGCUACGGGUCUUCCCAAAGACGGGUUCUGUUCUCAUCUUUCAACAAAGGUACUUGUUCCAUGGUGGAGAUGAUGUGUUCAGAGGUGUCAAGUACACUUUGCGGACAGAUGUCAUGUAUACUACCGAGAGUACUACCGAGUGA